AAUAUAUAAAUAUAAUAAUAAAAAUAAAAGAAAUAAAAAUUAUUGCUGAUUAAUUAUAUACUUUCAUACACGAUAUCUAUGAAUUAGAACGUGGUUUAUAAUUUGAAUGUCGACUGUAAACAGAAGACAUGCCUCAAGGAGGAAGAAAAGUAGCAUUUAGUGGAAAAAAGAAGAAAGCUCAAUUACUGAAGAAAAGGGAGAGGAAAAGAAAUGAGAGUGAAAUAGGAGCUGUUGAUGCUCCUGCUAAAGAUGUAGCAAGUGCCUCUGUUGAACAAAAAAUAUCAGAAAGAACAAGUUCUGUUGUGACAGAAAUAUCAGCUCUAAAUGAACAACCAAGAAGAGAGUUAACACAAAGAGUUAAUAGAUUUAGGAUGUGUUUUAAGAAAGAAUCAGAAGAGGAAAUACAAAAAAGGAAAGAAGAAGCUAGAACUCCUUUUAAGUUAUUGCCUGAGGAAGUUUUAGAAGUCAGUUUUGAAGAUAUUUAUGAUAAAGAUUGUAAAAUAGAUAUUCCAAAGCGACCUGCUUGGGAUUUUAUUAUUUCAAAAUACGAACUUGAAGCUAAAGAACAAAGUUAUUUUCGAGAAUACUUAGAAGAAAUUGAAUUUAAAUAUAAAGAAAGAAAUAUCAGUUAUUUUGAAAUGAAUCUAGAGACUUGGAGACAGUUAUGGAGAGUUUUAGAAAUGUCUGACAUUAUUUUGAUUGUUGCAGAUAUUAGAAAUCCUAUUAUACAUUUUCCACCCGGACUUUAUAAGUAUGCCACUGAAGAAUUAAACAAAGAUGUAAUUUUAGUGUUAAACAAAAUUGAUUUAGUCGAUGCUUCUGUUGUAAUAGCUUGGACACACUAUUUGAAAUCUCUAUUUCCUAAAUUAUAUAUAAUGUGUUUUGCAUCUUAUGCUGGUGCAUCUAAUACCAUUGGAAAGCGAGGUCGUCGGAAAGGAAAACUUCACAUGGCUAUAGAUGGUGCAAAAGAAUUAUUAGGGAUAUGUGAACAAAUUGUUCAAAAUUCAGUGGAUUUAUCAAGUUGGCAUCAAAAAAUUAAAGAUGAAGAACAAAAUUUAGAGUCAAAAAGUGAUAGUGACAAAGAUGAUAAUUUGGCAAUAGAUUCUAGUACAAAGAAUGAAUAUACAGCCAGUAUAUCAUCAUCCGAAUCAGGAAAAUAUAAAGAUGGGAUACUGACUAUUGGAUGUGUUGGCCAUCCAAAUGUUGGAAAAUCAUCAUUGUUAAAUGCAAUUGUUGGUAAAAAGGUUGUCAGUGUUUCUCGGACACCUGGUCACACAAAACAUUUUCAAACGAUCUUCAUAACAGAUUGUGUUCGCUUGUGUGAUUGUCCUGGAUUAGUAUUUCCAUCUAUGAUACCAAAACCAUUACAGGUUCUCUCUGGAUUAUGUCCUGUAGCACAGUUAAGAGAACCAUAUACAUCAGUAAAAUAUCUUGCUGAACGUUUAUCGAUUCCACGUAUACUUAAAUUAAAACAUCCAGAAGAAGAGGGAAUUGCUGCAUGUGCAGUCAAUUGGUCUGCCUAUGAUAUUUGUGAAGCUUGGGCUGAGAAAAGAGGAUUCUUAACUUCAAGAGCAGCUCGUCUUGAUACAUACAGGGCUGCCAAUAAUUUAUUGCGUAUGGCUUUAGAUGGUCGUACUCUUUGCCUUGCAUUUUAUCCACCUAAUUAUUGCCAACAAAAAUCUACUUGGCUCAUCCAUUCUGACAUUGGAAAAAUUAUGAAAAUUCAAGGUGAGAAGAAACUAGAAUCAACAUUAGAUGAUCCAGGAAAUGUCGAUGGGGAAACAGAUUAUAGUAGCAGUGAUGAAGAUAAAGUGGCUCCUUCGAUGGAAGAAAAGUGUGGCAGUGGCAAUUCUGAGGAAAAGUUAAAAAAUCGUUUUGCAUUGCUUUUAUCUUAAACAAUAGUCAUCCAAUUUUAAAUUCUUCCAUAAAUCAUUUAAAAUUAAAAAGUGAACAGUAUGUUCAGGUUUUAAAAAAAUCUCUCUGGUUGUUUUAAUUUUUGUUAUAUAUGUUAAAAUAUAUAUAAUACUAUAAUUGGAUUUUGCUCAGAAAACCCCGCACAAUUUCUCAGUAAUCAUCAGGGUUUAUUGUAAUUUAUUGACUAAAAAUAAAUGAAUUAUUUAUUUUAGAAAUAGAGAAUGUAAUCUGAUAAUAUGAAGCUAAUUCGUGUUUUAAAUAUAUAUUUUUUUAUCACACAGUUUAAUGGAAAGUUGUUAUAUUAGCUUUUUAAGAGUGAAUAUACAGUAUGUAUAAUAUAUUACAUCUUUUUAUUAUAUUGGAUAGUAUUAGAGACAGUCAGAUUGUCUUAUUGACAUCUUUUUAAUUUGCUAUACGGUGAGAUCGAUGAUACUAAUACAAUAGAAAUCGGGAAAAAUAUUUCAGGAAUCUAAGGUAUAAAAUCAAAACUUGCCAAGCAAGAAAGAAUUAAGCAUUAAUUCCAAAGGCACUUCCAUCUAUAUAUGAGUGCAAUUGCAUCUAACAUAAGUUCAAUGUUUAUAGAUUCUAAUUGGCAUUUAACAAAAAUUUCUGUCAUAAAUGCUUAUUGGAAACAUAAACAUUUUUUUUCUCAAGUUAGUAGCAAUAGCUGUAAGAGAAUUAUUUUUAAAGUGGAUUCAAAAGUGAGCAUUUAAUACUAAGCAUUAUUAUUAUUAUUCAUGCCAAAUAAUAAUAAUUUAUAUUUUAAUGUAAAUUGUAAGUUUUUACAUAAAAAUGUUAUU